CAUACGUUUGUUUAUCUCACCAUACUGCCUCAGCAUGCAAGUCUAACUACGACUACUCUUUCUUUUCCGUCUUUUCUGCCGCGACGACGGUAGUGAUGUGAUAUAGCGAUAUGCAGGCACCUGUGGUAGGCAGUAAAGUGGUAGCGGUAGCUCGCAAGCAAUCGGUGCUCCUAUGCUGCCAGCUACGCACUUCUUAAUCCUCCACAUCACAGCUCUCGCCCCCCUACGUCUUCGUCUUUAUAUCGCAUCUGCCCAUCACGCACCGACAAAACCACAAACCGACUCGCCCGCGCACUCCUCCAUGCAUGCAGAGAUAAUAAAAUCAGCACACCCACCACUCACCCACGCAUCCAUCCGUCCAUCCAUGCACGCCGUGCACGCCGUGCCACACAACACAACACACAACACACAACACAAUCCCACGUCGCGCCCACCCACUAGCGGAAACAAAAGCGUCUUCUUCUCGAAAACAAUGUAUAACGAUGAACAAUAACAACAACAUUGACGCCGACAACGACAAUGUCCGG